AUGGACUUGACUUCAGUGCAAGACCUCAAAGGUGCCUUGCGCAAUGACUUCUUCCAUGGAUAUGCCACGGCGGCGGCGCAGGUUGAAGGAGCGUGGAACAAGGAUGGCAAGGGUCCUUCGAUCUGGGACACAUUCGGGCAUACUCCAGGCAAAGUCAAAGACAAUAGCAAUGCGGAUGACGCUGUGAGGUUCUACGACUUUUACCGCGAAGAUGUUGCCCUGAUGAAGUCGUAUGGUGUCAACGCUUAUCGAUUCUCGCUAUCCUGGUCGCGCAUAAUCCCACUCGGAGGCGCCGACGACCCGGUCAAUGAGCAAGGGAUCAAGUACUACCAGGACCUGGUAGACGAGCUACUCAAUAAUGGGAUUACGCCAUUCGUAACCCUCUUUCACUGGGAUGUUCCGCAGGCUUUGGAGGAUCGGUACGGGGGCAUGCUGAACCAGGAGAGGUUCAUUCCUGACUUUGUCCGCUACGCGCGUGUCUGUUUCGAACGCCUAGGGCCAAAGGUCCGUCACUGGAUUACAUUCAAUGAACCUGGUGUGUACUCGCUGGCAGGUUAUGCGGCAGGUGUUCAUGCUCCUGCACGGUCAUCGUUUCGCGAACUCAAUGAAGAGGGUGAUUCCUCGACAGAACCGUUCAUCGUCGGCCACACAGAACUGGUGACCCACGGCCAUGUUUCCAAGCUUUACCGAGAGGUGUUCCAACCGCAGCAGAAAGGAACAAUUGGCAUCACCCUCCAUGGCAACUGGUCGGAACCUUGGGAUGAAGACGAUCCGCGGGACCAGGAAGCAGCAGAACGGGCCAGGGAAUUCGAGAUCGCUUGGUUCGCGGACCCCUUAUACAAGACAGGCGACUACCCAGCCUCAAUGCGGGCUCAACUCGGGGACCGUCUACCGCGUUUCACUCCCGAGGAGUCAAAACUGGUACUAGGAAGUUCAGAAUUUUACGGUAUGAACUCGUACACGACCUUUUUCGUGCAGCACAAGGAUACGCCUCCAGAUAUCAAUGACCACAAAGGCAAUGUCAUUGUUCACGAUACAAACAGCAAAGGCGUCUCUCGAGGCGAAGAGUCCGAUACGCCUUGGCUGCGGACGGCACCCACUGGAUGGCGCAAGCUGCUCAAUUGGAUUUGGAACCGAUAUCAUGUGCCUAUAUAUGUCACGGAAAAUGGCACGACAGCAAAAGGAGAGACAGCUCCCACACCAGAGGUACUCAUCGACACUUUCCGUAUGCGAUUCUUCGAAGGCUACGUUGGUGGAUUGGCCCGUGCUGUCAAAGAGGAUGGAGUGGAUAUCCGGUCUUACUUUGCCUGGACCUUCACCGACAACUGGGAAUGGGCCGCUGGCUAUACUGAUCGAUUUGGAUGCACGUUCAUCGACUUUGAUUCUCCAAUGAAGACUCGGUAUCCCAAGCAAUCGGCAUAUUAUCUGAAGGCUCUGUUUGAGCAUUUGAUUGCUUCAUAG